UCUUGAAGGACAUUCAAAGCUCUUCUUUGGAUGUUGGCUGUCUGUGUGUCCUGUUCUCAGUUAAAAUGAUCCCACAUUGCCUCAAUAAUGUUGAGGUUCGGGCUCCGGGGAGGCCCAUCCAUGAUUGAUGGGCUUGCAAUGAACUGUGGCAGGAAGUCGGGGUACCCGGGGAGAACCUGUGGAGACACAGAGGGAAGUAUGCAAACUCCACACAGAAGUAUCUGAACUGAAGACAUCAUUAUGAGGUCAAGGAAGAGUGUGAUAUCUGUGAGGUCCAAUAGGACCCCAAGUAUGAGACUGCUGCUCAUUAGAAAGGGAAAUCUGUGUUUCAAAGGAGGAUUUAUGGUCAGGAUCCAGGGAACAGCACCGGGUCGGGACAAGCGGAGCCCACAGAGCCGAGCAACAGACAUCAUGGUGAGGGUCAGGAGAGCUCUGCGGCUGGUGCUGGGCAUGCUCAGUCUGUCCCUGCUGCUGGUGGUGCUGGGGGUCUACACAACGACCCGAACAGAGAGCCUGAACGUGACUGGCUACGCAUCUGGAGUUAUUCUCACCCUUGGAUCCUUCCUGGGACUUCUGGGACUCUGGCUGGAAGAAAACCGCAGGCAGCUGCUGACCGCUGCCAUCGCCUUUCUCGGUUUCGGGAUCAUCGUCUCUUCUGUGUGCUUGGUGAUCGACGGCGUCUGCGUUGCCUUAAAUAUGGACAUGCGGCCACUGAAAGCAGGGAGAUGCCAGUAUUACAGCAGCGGCAACUGCUACAUCUAUGAGAAUUUCUACACUUCUGUGUCGUGUCGGAGUCUAAAGGAGUCUUGUACCAUGAUGGUAAGAAGUGGAACCUGUUACUGCUGCGACCUGUAUGACUGCGCCAAUGGAGGCUACCUCAGCAACUACUAUGAAUUUGUUGGAGUAGAAAGCUGUGAGGAAGUCUUUACAGUGUACAUUUUAAUUUGGACCCUUGCCAGCCUCAACCUCGUGGCCUUCUUCACAGGAAUACUCACCACAGCAGUGCUGGGCAACAUUAGAGAGUUGUGGAGCAGCAGCCCUGUGGCUGAUCCCUCUGAGAAAACAGCAUCUUCCCCAACAGCUCCUCUGCUGAUGGACGCCAAUAUACACACAGCACACCAGCUCCACCCAGUCAAUGGAGGAUCGCCGUUUUGCUUUUCAGCUGAGAAGGCCAACCCGCCUCCCUUCGCCCCACUGGCCGGCGUGCCGCCUUGCAGAGCCCACGGCAUGUCUGUGUGAGCAGCAGACUCACGGGAAGAUGACUUGUUAUUGUUGGGUGCAUUUUAAACAGCAGAUGCAGCUUAAAGCGGACAUGCAGAAGUUUAAUGGAAAGCGUCUGCAGCUACUUUACAUUAUAUGCAAAGAAGAAAACAGCUUACCUAACAGCUUACCUUGAGUGUAAAAUGUUUGCAAAUGCAGUGCUUUGUUCUAUAAAUCUUUUCAUUGUGGACUUUGUGAGUAAAAUGCUUCUUUUUUUCCCUGAAACCAGGCAGAGUUAAAACUAAAUGAUGUCUCAUAGAAGAUAUAUUGCUGAUAUUACUCGAUGAUGAAUAAACAGAUUGAAACAGA